UAGCAGUUCAAGAAAUGUUUACUGUUUAUAUUUUUGCAAAACGACGUUUCAAAAACUCCGAACAAGAGCACACAUUACUAGUGGAGAUAUGAUUAAAAAAAGCGCAACAAAAACGAGUCGUAGACAAUUUAUAAGUAUCUGACACGUGCGAGGUUAUAAAUUUAGCCGAUGAACGUUUAUCAACAGUUUUGGUGUAGUUAUGGCAUCUCCGGCGUAUUUUGGUCACGGUCCGCCGAUGCCUGAACGUGACCAGUAUUACACUGAGGUCAUCAAUCAAAGAAUGCGCGUGCCUAACAGGCUGAGGGUCGGUCCCGGGACUCACACGCACGAGCCUGCCGACCAGAGACCUGAAGGUCCACCUGCAGCCUACAGCAUGCACAUACCAGACAGACUGGCUUUAACAGAUGUUCCUGACCUGAGUCCACGCCCUCUCUUCUCCAAACACGCGUCAUCAUUAUGGGACCUGCAGCAUGGUUCUUGGGACAGGGAGGUGUUCAUGAGAGAGCCUGUUCAGAGUCCACUGCGUAGGUCUUAUAGUGACCAGGCUUUUGGUCGGACCCCACCUGGAACCCCCACACACUCCAAACAAGCCCUCCACUCUCAGUCACCCCGCAGUGUUGGACGUACCCCUGUUGUACACACAAUCCCAUCCCGGCCAAAACCCCCGGGACCUCCGAGCAUCCCACCCAACCUGCUCUCUCCACAGAGCAUACUGCAGGCCGCCAAGGUGCUGGGCCAACAGGCUUCUCAGAAAAUCCUCCAGACGGUCACCAAAAAAUACUCAAACAGGUUCGGUCACCCCGAAAACCGCCUCUCCCAGGUUGUGGAGGUUCAUCCUGAUCAGAGCAGGACAAGUGCUUCACAAGAGUACUGGCUCAGCCCAGAGGACGACACAGGAACCGCUGUUGAAUUUAUGGUUCUCCGCAGACAGGUGGUGAAGAUGAGCAGGCGGAUAGCAGGUCUGGAGAGACAAAACGCCGAGCACAGACAGACCGAGCUGGUGUUGUUCUCGCUGCUGGCGUCGGCCUGCCUGAUCAACGGCUGGCUGUGGAUGCGCAGAUGACAGCUUAUACCCAAGAUAUACCCAACAACACUAUAUAAACACACAGCUCGAAGAUGUAUGUUUUAGCUAAAAACGGGGUAAUAAUUGGGAGCCAGCCAAGUUUAGGGAUGGAUGGCUUUGAAGCCGCUCCUGUAGAGGACUGUAACAUUAUGAAGACAAGAGGCAUAUUUAUGCUGUACUAUCAUGAAAUCACAGUAGUGACAUGAAGCACUUAUGGAAGUUGGGUCUAUAAAUGGGAGGUGAUGUGUAUUCUCAUAUUGAGCACUAUUGUGAAUAUCUACACUUUUAGCAGUUGUUUAGUAUUGAUGUCUUUGGCUCUUUUUAUUAGAUUACUAUGCUCAACAGCUGCUAUAGUAAAGUGUAUAAAAAAAUAUUUUGCAUGCUUUUUAAAAUUUGCUCCAGAUAAUAUUAUGAAUUUGAGAAUUAAUUUGUAUUUUUGCUCCCAGUUGGUAUUUAGAUGUGUAAUGUAUAUAUUUAAAAUAAAUAUUGGAAUAAAUUGUUUUUAUUUGUUUAUUUUCUA